AUGGGAAACAUUUGGGUUCUGUUGCUUUUUGCCCUGAAUCUGAAAACCGCCUGCUCCACCUUUGUCAGCAUCAACCAGGGACUAAAAGUGAUGAGAGGUCAAUCUGUCUUCCUGUCACAAAAGGAGUUGGAGUUUUCCAUCCCCAGAGAGAAGGACGCAUGUAAAAUAAAAGUGGUGAUGAAUGAGCCAGUCGCCCAGAGAGUUGGGAAGCUGACCCCACAGGUGUUUGACUGCCAUUUUCUUCCCAAUGAAGUCAAGUACACUCACAACGGAUGCCCAAUUCUCGAUGAGGACUUUGUCAUGCUGAGGCUAUAUAGAUUUACAGAAAUGGAAACUUUCACAGAAACACUCAUUCUUCUUGUAAAGAUACUUGAACCAGAUUGUAAUAUUAUCAAGAUGAGCUCCAGUGCUUUGGAGGUCCCUGAGUUUCACGGCCUGUCUAACAUAGUUAAUAAGAACAUAAUCACUUUGGACUACAACAGGAAGAUAAAUUUGGAAUGCACGAUAAGCUUGAACUCCUUAGAGACAUUUCUGCCCGCCCACGGUCAGCUUGUUAUCGGAGAAAACAAAGAAGAAGUACCUAGAGGAGAUCAGCCACAGAGUUCCUUCCAUACAACUAACCUGAGGACUGUUCAGAAUAUCAGAGUGAGCUGUGAUGAGUUUCUUCUGAUGGGACUUAGAUACCAACAUUUGGACCCUCCUUCACCUAAUAUAGAUUACAUUCCCAUCAGGCUGGAUCUCACUGAUACCAGAAGCAAGAUUUUGUAUAAGUCUGAGUAUGCUUGGAUUCCUGUUCAGAUAAAAAAUGCAGUUUCUAACCAGCCCCCUCAACCCAGCUUCAUGGCCAUGCUCAUCUUAGAAGCAGACCAAUUCAUCCUGAGUCCCCUAUCCACAGCCAUAUUGGAUGCUGAAGACAGUGAAACACCCAAAUCUUUGUUAGUCUUUAAUAUCACCCAGCCACCCCAGGAAGGCUUCAUUACACACCUGCAAGACCACACUAAAGCUGUCUCGUCCUUCACCUGGACCAGCCUGGAUAGCAUGCUGAUUGCAUAUCAACCUCCAAACAGCAGCCAUACAGAGAGAAGAAAUUAUGAGGUGGAAUUUGAAGUUUAUGAUUUGUACUUUGAAAAAAGUGUGCCAAUUACUCUUUAUAUCUCUGUGAGAACAGCAGACACAAAUGCACCAAGGGUUUCAUGGAACAUGGGUCUUGAUCUUCUGGAAGGUCAGUCUCGCCCAAUAACAUGGGAGCAGCUUCAAAUUGUAGACAAUGAUGAUAUCAGCAGCGUUCGCUUGGUCCCUGUGGAUGGGUUACAACAUGGGCAGCUCACUGUAAGAGGAGAGAAAGGAUUCGUGUUUAAUGUCUUGGAUCUGAAGACUGGAGUUGUUCGUUACCAUCAUGAUGACAGCGAUUCCACCAAAGACUCCAUUGUUUUUAGGAUCUUUGAUGGCCACCACAGUAGCCGCCACAGGUUUCCAAUCAAUAUUCUGCCCAAAGAUGACAGCCCCCCUUUUCUCAUUAGUAAUGUUGAAAUAGAAGUCCAUGAAGGAGAAACGAUCUUGAUCCAAAGCUCAAUGCUUCGAGCAUCGGAUAUGGACUCUAGCGAUGACUACAUUCUCUUCAAUAUCACCGGAUCACCCCAAGCAGGAGAAAUAAUGAAAAAACCUAAAACAGAUUUUAUUGGUUAUCCAGUUACUAAAUUCCUUCAGAAAGAUCUGUUUAAUGGGAUAAUUUACUACCAUCACUUAGGAGGAGAAAUAUUUGAAGAUUCAGUAGAGCUGAUUCUGUGUGAUAGCCAUGAUCCUCCCAAUCUUUCAGAAAUUCAGAUAAUAAGAGUGCACAUAAUUCCUGUGAAUGAUCAGCUGCCAAAAGAAUUUCCAGGAACAAACCGUCAUCUGACUGUUAAGGAAACAGAGAUUGCUUAUUUAACAAAGACACACCUUCAUUAUAUAGACAUGGAGACCCAGGAUAGUGAGCUAAUAUACACCAUAACAUCUCCCCCAUUCUUCUCCUUAGCACAUGACCACACAGAUGCUGGAAAAUUGUUCAUGGUAGAGAGUAUUCCUAAGCUUAUCAAGGAUCCUUCUAUUCCAUCACUAAGAUCAUUCACUCAGCACGCCAUAAACCACAUGAAAGUUGCCUAUGUGCCACCCAUGGAAGAUAUUGGUCCUGAACCCCAAUAUAUCCAGUUUGCCUUUUCCAUCAGCAAUCAACAUGGGGCAACUGUGUAUGGCAACUGUUUCAACAUUACUGUCCUUCCAGUGGACAAUCAGUCUCCAGAGGUGCUUACACACAGCUUGAAAGUGGAAGAAGGGGGCCAGAGCACCAUUACCAAAGGCCAUAUUUUGAUUUCAGAUGCGGACACCAAACUGGAAAACAUACGUAUAUAUCUCCUUACGCUUCCUCUUCAUGGAACUGUUGAAUUAAAUGAGAAUCCAAUGAAUCAGAGAGAUUGGCUGACGUGUGAAGAUUUACAGAUGUCCAAAGUCAGGUACCAUCAUAAUGGUUCAGAGUUUCCACAGGACCAUAUUCUUUUUGAGGCUACAGAUGGCAUCAAUUCCUUUGAAUUCACCCUCCAUGUAAAGGUAAUUCCUGUAAAUGAUGAGCCCCCGGUGAUGAAUGCUGACCUCAUUCCCUUCGUGUGGUGUCCAGAAGGACAGGCGGUGCCCAUCACUUCAGAGCAUCUCUAUGCAACUGAUAAAGAUAGUGAAGACAUGCAGCUGAUGUUCAUGGUUGCGCGACCCUCUAAGUAUGGGGUUGUGAAGAGAGGUGGACUUGUGAUAGAUCGCUUUCUCCAAGCUGAUGUUGUUUCUGGAACGGUGACAUACGAACAUACAAGUGGCGAGAUUGGCCUAGCUCUUAUCUUUGAUGUUCUUACCUUUAUUGUGUUGGAUGAUGAAAUUGAUCCUGAUGUAAAGGCCUGCUGUGACGAUAAAUCUCCAUUUUUUUCUGUACCAUAUCAUAAAUCCUUUCCAGUAUAUGAUAUUAAUAUCACAAUAUUUCCAGUUGACAACCAGCCACCAUCCAUUGCCACCGGACUUGUGUUUGCUGUGCUGGAAGGUGCCUCAGCAGCUAUCACAAGUAAACACUUGUAUGCCACUGAUCUUGACACCAAUGCAGAUGACUUACAGUUUGUUUUAACAUCCCCUCCCCAGUUUGGGUACAUAGAAAAUAUUUUGCCAUCGCCUGGUUUUGAGAAAAGCAAUGAAGGGAUUAGUAUAGCUUCAUUUCACAUGGAAAAUGUGAGGAAGAUGCAGAUUAACUAUGUUCAGACCAGGCACAGGAGAAUUGAACCAACUACAGACCAAUUUAUGCUGUACGUCACUGAUGGGAAGCAUCGUUCAGUGGAGGCACCAUUUUAUGUCUUCAUUAACUCAACCAAUGAUGAAGAACCAGAAUUCAUGGCAAGGAAUUUUACAGUGCAAGAGGGACAGAUGAAGGAGUUGGAUCCAUCAAUAAUCAACGCUGUUGAUUUGGAUGUACCAGAAGAUAUCCUCACGUUUACUGUCCUUCAACAACCCCACCAUGGGUUUCUUGUUAAGGGAGCAUAUGGCAACAAUAUUUUUCAUUACAGGCAGGCAAUUAUUAGUCAACAGUAUCAUGAAAUUCAGGUGGAUAGUAUAUCCAUGGAGAUUUUAAAAAAUGGAUUGAAGCUUGUGUAUCUACACGAUGACUCUGACAGCUUAGCUGAUGACUUUUCAAUCCAGCUGUCGGAUGGGAAACAUCAAGUGUCAAAAACCAUUUCAGUUAAGGUUACCCCAGUUAAUGAUGAGAAGCCAGUGCUGAGCAGAAAGGGUAAGAUAGAGGUGAAUAUGGGGGAAGCACAGAUAAUAUCUAGUGCUAUUUUAUCAGCUGAAGAUAAAGAUACUCCUCGGGAACAAAUUUAUUAUCUGUUUGAGAGAGUUCCAGAAAAUGGACAUCUUCAGCUCAAGGUAGGUCAAGAUUGGGUGGCACUGUACAAAGGAAUGAAGUGCACCCAGGAGAAUAUAGACAUGAACGCUGUGAGGUAUAUACACACUGGAACUCUUGGAUCAAACAAUGAAGACAGCUUCUCCUUUCACCUUUGGGAUGGAAACAACAGAUCUCCAGAAGUGGUUUUUCCCAUUGCUAUUAAAGAUGUGGAAAAGGGAAACAUUGCAAUGUUGAUGAGACCCCUCACCGUGUUGAUAGGUGACAAAGGUCUCCUGAUGACUGAUGUCCUCCUUGCAGUUGAUGGUACCAAGAAGCCAGAGGAGCUACACUAUGUGAUUACUUCCCCACCACAGUAUGGACAGAUAGAAUAUGUCGGCUAUCCUGGAAUCCCCAUUACGAGUUUCAGCCAAAUGGAUGUAGCAGGGCAGAAAGUCUGCUAUGUCCACAGUAAUAGAGCAUCUUCCUCUAAAGAUACAUUCAGGUAA